GUCUUCUAGAAGGCACGGUGUCACGUGACAUUCAACUGCGAAUCCAAAUCGCCUGCGCCACAGCUUCUCGCUUAGAGCCCGACGGCGCGCACCAGCCACAGAAACCAGCCGCACCGCACUUUUCUUGCGAUUUUGGAGAUUCCAUCUUGACUUUCUACUUCUCACAUCGCUCAACCUCCCCCGGAAUCGACGUCUCAGUCUCCGCCCAACUUGCGGUUAAAUCGAUUGAUUCUCGUUUUCGAUACAUUUCAUAAAAACUUCGAUCAAAAUGAAGCACCUCGCCGCUUACCUUCUCAUCACCCUCGCUGGUAACGCCAGCCCCUCUGCCGAGGAUGUCAAGGCUGUCCUCUCCUCCGUUGGCAUUGACGCCGAUGAGGAGCGUCUCCAGAAGCUCAUCUCUGAGCUCGAGGGCAAGGACAUCCAGGAGCUGAUCGCUGAGGGUACCACCAAGCUCGCCUCCGUUCCCUCCGGCGGUGCUGCUGCCGCUGCCCCCGCCGCCGGUGCCGCCGCCGGUGGUGACGCCCCUGCCGAGGAGAAGAAGGAGGAGAAGGCCGAGGAGGAGUCCGACGAGGACAUGGGCUUCGGUCUCUUCGACUAAGCGCUUUCACCUAUCUGAGGCUACAAAAAAUCGCAAUCCGUGGGGGGAAAGAAGUCUGGCAGUUGUUUUCAAAAUGGGGAGUGAUCUCGCCCAUGGGUUUCAAACCUGCAUGCUUCAGGUUGUUCUGAUGCAGUUACGAAUUAUGCAUACGUGAGCUGGAAAAAAAAGCCUUUAGCAAAUACAGAUUAUCUGACCUCCGCAAAUCUGCAUCCGCAUUCUCUGUAGAGACUCGUGUGUAAGCGUUUUGAAUUAAACCUAAGAUUGCCAUCACGUAGAUUACAUGGUUGUGGAUCUUUACAGCACCAGUUAUGGAAAUCCAUUAAAUCGAAAGCAGUCAAAUCUAGCCCAAUAAUUAUCACUCUAUCCUUUGCUUAUCCAUCUAAAUGCUGUCUAUCGCAAUCUUUGCCAAGACAUAAUUAGCCCUAAUAUGUAAUCGACCGAUGCGGUCUAGUUU